AAAAAUUACACGUGAUUGAUCAUCAUUAAAACUUUCCAACAAUUGUACAGAAAAUGACUGAUAAACGUAUUGUAGAAAUUAUUAACACCAAACAAUUCGGUACACUUCUUUAUGAAUGCGAAUCACAUGAAGUUGAAGUUUUGGCCGGACAAAAACAAUCAGCAUCAACUCUCUUCUAUGGUUCCUUCCUCUUGGGCUAUCUUAUCAAUGAUGACUUGAAUAAUUGUAGAUUCCUUUGGAAGAGAAUGCCAAAUGAUGCUAAAAAAGAUGAUGAUCUUAAAGGAAUAUGGGAGGUUGCCAAACAAUUAUGGAAUAGAAACUAUGAAGGAGCCUACCAAGCAAUUUCUCAAUUGAGCCCUGCAUCUCCACAAUUGAAGGAACUUAUCAAUUAUUUUGUCGAUCAAUUACGUCAAAGAACAUUGUUACUCAUUUCAAAGGCUUAUGCUAAUAUUAACACUAAUGAUUUGAUGAAAUGUUUAGGUAUCAAUGAUGUGAAUGUUUUGAAUCAAAUUGUUUCACCAUUGAAUUGGACUUUUGAUAGUGCUACUAAUGUAUACAUUCCACAAGUAAUUACUGUUAAACCACCAGAAAUGCCUGUUGGUCUCGAUGCUAUCAAGGGUAUGACUCAAAAGGCUGUCUUUUUGGAAUUGGACUAAAUACUUUCUAUUAAAAAUCAUUGUACUAUUAAA